AAAUCGAAGCGUGAAGCGUCGUCCAUCGUCGCGUCGUCAUCGUCAGUCAUUCUCAUUCCAUUCCGGCCUUCAGAUUCCUGCGGCGCACCGUUGCUGCCUUGUGAUUAUCUCCUGUCUCAACUCAACUUUCAACCCUUCAUCAAAAUGGUGUACCAAGUUAAGAACCAGAGUGACCUGGAGACCAAGCUGAAUGAAGCUGGUGGCAGUUUAGUGGUGAUUGAUUUCUUUGCCACUUGGUGCGGGCCAUGCAAGAUCAUUGCCCCCAAGCUUGAGGAGUUGAGUCAGGAAUACCUAGAUGUUGUUUUCCUCAAGGUGGAUGUUGAUGAAUGUGAAGAUAUUGCCACAGAGUACAACAUCUCUGCCAUGCCUACCUUCGUAUUCAUCAAGAACAAGGAGAAGGUUGAUUCUUUCUCUGGGGCUAGCUAUGAUUUGCUGAAGGAGAAAGUUACUCAGAUGAAGUAGAAAAUGCUAUGUAUUGCACUUGAGUGCACACACUACUUGUUUGUCUUUUUCCACAACAGUAUGCAUUGUUACAUAAUUUUUUAAAAAAUAUUCACUUUGCUGAAAUGAAUGUUUGCUGCAUUAUAUACUCUGUUCUUUGUGUGAACAGGCCACUACCGGCCGUAAACUUUCCAAUCUUAAGUAUUUUUGAUCUGUCAAGUAUAUAUAAAGGUGAUUGACAUUGCACAGCCUGGAGAGCACAAUGGGACCUGCUAGUUAACUAGAAAAAAAUAUUUGUUAAACUGCUGAAACUUUUACUACAUGAAAUAAAAACUACUAUCACUAUUUUA